GAAGGUAGCGUCGAUGGUGCGUGCCAUGGGAGAGAAGAGGAAGAAAAAUAAGAGAAAGGACAUGAAAGACUCAGAGGAAAGAGAAAAAAUUGAAGGAAGAUAAGGAACUCAAAGUGGAGGACAAUAAGAAAGAUGAAAGCCGCAGAGGAAUACAAAAUGAUAGGAUCCUUUCUUACCAGGGGACUUGUGAUGGUUUUUGGUUAUGCCUACCCAGCCUAUGAAUGCUAUAAAACAGUUGAAAAGAAUAAGCCAGAAAUUGAACAACUUCGCUUUUGGUGCCAGUAUUGGAUUUUGGUGGCUCUUUUGACCGUAUGUGAGCGAAUUGGUGAUGCUUUUAUAUCAUGGGUCCCAAUGUAUAGUGAAGCUAAGUUGGCAUUUUUUAUAUAUCUGUGGUACCCGAAAACAAAGGGAACAACAUAUGUGUAUGAUUCCUUCUUUAAACCGUAUGUUGCGAAACACGAGACAGAAAUUGAUCGCAACUUGUUGGAACUGAAGACAAGGGCAGGAGAUAUUGUAGUUGUGUAUUGGCAAAGAGCUGCUAGUUAUGGCCAGACUAGAAUAUUUGACAUUUUGCAGUAUGUUGCUGCACAAUCAACUCCAUCGCCUCGCCCUGCUCAGCAACGACCGACUGUGAGGUCCCAACAACCUGCAUCUGGUAAUCGCCAACCAGCUGCUGCAACAGAACCACAAGCUCCUCUUUCUCCUACUUCUAGCUCAUCUUCAAGUCAGCACCAGAAGGAAGUUGCAGAGGAGUUGGGUUCUUCCCAAGAGCCUAAAGCAGCCUCCUCUGUAGCGGAUUCAAGUGGUACCCAGAAGUCUAAUCCUACACCUGAAUCGACCAACCAAUCUCAACCUGCAGAGGCAGAGCCAAUGCACAUUGAAGCAGCACCACCUUCAUCAUCUUCUGCAAAUGAAAAUGUGAACCCUCCCUCUGAAGAGACAAUAAUGGAAGAAAGCAUUAGGGUUACCCGAGGCAGACUAAGAAAAACUCGAUCCGAAGGAAUCCGUUAGAGUAUCAAUAUUUUCAUUUUUUUAGCCUUAAAAAUAGGGGUAGGUGGACAAUGAUGGGUGUUGAAUUGAUGUAAAACAUUAUGUAAAUCUGUUGCCUCAGUUUUCAUUCCAUUUGUUGCUUUGUGCCUUUAUUUUGGAUUUUGUUUUGGCGUGGAAGGGAUGGUAAGCUGGCCUUAACGUUCCCUUAGUGUGGAAAAAUGUUUUACACGAAUUACAGAACUACAUCAACGUGUCACUGUAGUCUAUAACUAUAAUUUGAGAAUUAUUUCCC